GUAACUAAUCGUCCAUCUGUCAACUUUUUAGAUUUAACUGAACUAUUUUACCUAGCUGAUUUUGAAAUAUGAUUAUUAUUUAAGUCUUAAUUGGUGUAUUAAAGAUAACUAUUAAUAGUUUCAUUCAUUUUGUUCAAUUUUAGUUUUUAACAAAUUUGUAAUAAUUAGUUAGUAAUAACCAUUAGUCGAAUAUGAUCUCAUUUUAAUUUAUAUUUCAAUAUUCUUAAAACAUUUAUACGAAUAUUUUCAACUAUUAAUCUUUUAAGAAAUAUUAUUAUCGUGUACAAAUAUCUUUAUAUAUGAUGGAUGAUAGCGGUAUUGAAAGUGAUACAACAAAACGGAAUGUUAUAACUUCAGAGGAAAACCAUAUGAAUAGCGAUGAAGAUAGUAAUGCUAGUGAUUAUUCAAUUAAGAAGACUAAAUCAUCAUUAUUCCAAAAAAAAAUUGACCAAUAUGCUAAAUCUGGAUUGAUGGAGUAUAAUCAAUUGGCAGUACCUUUAAGUAAAUCAUCUAAGUCUGAGAAAUUACCUGUAUUAGUAGAUUGGGACUCAUCAGAUAGUGAGGUAGAAAUUCGUUUUUUUCCUGGCCCAAAAGCUAGACAAACACUCAGUGAUACAUUUAGCAUUCAAGAGUUUCAUGGAUCUAUUGAAUCAGAAGAUUUAAAUUUGAUACCACCUCAAGAAACAAUAAAGAAUGAUGAUCAAUGUUGUACUUUGUUUGUAAACCAGUGUUUGAUUCUUUAAUGUGUUAUAUUAUAACUAGAUAAAGUUAUUAGCUAAUUUUUUUUCAGUAUUAUAUGAAAUCUUAAAUUGUUAGUUCCAAAGCCCUAUACAAUUUUUAUGAUGACUUAAGAGACUAUUUAUGCUAUAGUUAAUUUCUUAUUUACGUAUUUUUAAACUACAUAUUACCAAUAAAAAAAUAAUUGUUACAUCUUUUAUUAAUGUUGGUAUUCUAUUUAAUUGAUCAACACAUAGAAAUGGCAAUAUUGUAAAUUUCUA